CCCCUGGCUCCUCCUGCAAGCUCUGCCUGCUUAGAUGAAGCAGUCAGUCUCUCCGAUCACAGACGCUGUUUUAGGUCUUGCCUCUCAUUGUCUGUCUCAUCGAACGGUUGCAGCUGAUUUGCAAACAAAAAAAGAGAAGAGAAAAGAACAGGAUCAAUAAUAAAAUACAGCAACAAAAAGAGGGAGAGAGACCUCCACUAAUAAAAGGAGGCUGGCUGCAUUUGCAUUCAGGAUCUUGGUGCAAUAGGAAAGUGUGUUGUCUUCCACUCGUGCAUGCAGAAAUCAGCAGCCUAUAUUAGAGCUGUGGUUCGGUCACAGCCCUCAUUGGCGUCUGGGCAGAGGCAGCAGCACUUGCAGAAGAGGAGGCAAUGCUGUUACCGGAGAGAACCCUCUGCAGUCCUCUCUACUCCAGGCUUAUCAUUGUCUUACUAUGCUUACGGGUAAAGGUGUCUCUAGCGUCAGGGCAAUUCGAGUUGGAGAUACUAUCUAUGCAGAACCCCAAUGGAGAGGUGCUGAAUGGGAACUGCUGCGAUGGCCCCCGGAACCCUGCGGACAGAAAGUGCACUAGGGAUGAGUGUGACACUUACUUUAAAGUUUGCCUAAAGGAAUACCAGUCCCGGGUGUCGGCGGCCGGGACCUGCAGCUUCGGCGCCGGUUCUACCCCCGUUCUUGGGGGAAACUCUUUCAACCUAAAAUACAGCCGGAAUACGGAGAGGAACAGGAUCGUGCUGCCUUUCAGUUUUGCAUGGCCGAGAUCUUACACCUUGGUGGUUGAAGCAUGGGAUUACAAUAAUGAGACUAAUGAUGAUGAUGAUGACAUCAUAGACAAGGCCCUCCACUCCGGCAUGAUCAACCCUAGCCGCCAAUGGCAAAUUCUCAAACAGAAUGCCGGCAUGUCCCAAUUUGAGUACCAGAUAAGAGUGACUUGUGAUGACCACUACUAUGGAUUUGGCUGCAACAAGUUAUGUCGGCCGAGAGAUGAUUUCUUUGGACACUAUACCUGCGAUCAGAACGGCAACAAGACCUGCUUGGAAGGCUGGAUGGGAAUUCAGUGCAUCAGAGCUAUAUGUCGUCAAGGCUGCAACCUGAAGCACGGGUCAUGCACGAUUCCGGGAGAAUGCAGAUGCCAAUAUGGAUGGCAAGGACAGUACUGCGACAAAUGCAUUCCUCACCCAGGAUGUGUCCAUGGCACUUGCAUUGAACCAUGGCAGUGUCUGUGUGAAACGAAUUGGGGUGGUCAGCUCUGCGACAAAGAUCUGAACUCCUGUGGAACCUACCAGCCCUGUCUGAAUGGAGGCACAUGCAGCAAUACUGGUCCCGACAAAUACCAUUGUUCCUGUCCGGAGGGGUAUUCGGGACUAACCUGCGAAAUUGCUGAGCACGCCUGUCUGUCUGAUCCAUGCCACAAUGGCGGAAGUUGCGUGGAGACCGCUGGGGGUUUUGAGUGUAACUGUGCUCCGGGUUGGAGUGGCCCCACCUGCGUCAUCAAUAUCGAUGAUUGCGUUCCAAAUCCAUGUGCGCAUGGCGGCACCUGCCAAGAUCUAGUCGAUGGAUUUAGGUGUGUGUGUCCUUCCCAGUGGACUGGCAAGACAUGCCAAUUAGAUGCAAAUGAGUGUGAAGUUAAACCCUGUGUGAAUGCGAAGUCCUGCAAAAACCUUAUUGGCAGCUACUACUGUGACUGCAUCCCUGGAUGGACUGGCCAGAACUGUGACAUCAAUAUCAAUGACUGCAUUGACCAAUGUCACAAUGGAGGAACUUGCAGGGACUUGGUUAAUGGAUUCCGCUGUAUCUGUCCGCCCGGCUAUGCAGGGGAGCGCUGUGAGAAAGACGUCAAUGAAUGUGCUAGCAGCCCUUGCUUGAAUGGGGGUCACUGCCAGGAUGAAAUCAAUGGAUUUCAAUGUCUGUGUCCUGCUGGUUUCUCUGGAAACCUCUGUCAGUUGGACAUAGAUUACUGCGAGCCCAACCCUUGCCAGAAUGGAGCACAGUGCUUUAAUCUGGCCAUAGAUUACUUCUGCAACUGCUCCGAAGACUACGAAGGCAAGAACUGCUCCCAGCUGAAAGAUCACUGCCGCACGACUGCUUGCGAAGUGAUUGACAGCUGCACAGUUGCGGUGACCUCCAACAGUACCCCAGAAGGCGUGAGGUACAUUUCCUCUAAUGUGUGCGGACCACACGGCAAAUGCAAGAGCCAGGCUGGAGGCAAAUUCACCUGCGAAUGCAACAAAGGCUUCACUGGCACAUACUGUCAUGAAAAUAUUAAUGACUGUGAAAGCAACCCUUGCAAAAAUAGUGGCACCUGUAUUGAUGGGGUGAACUCCUACAAAUGCAUUUGUAGUGAAGGCUGGGAAGGAACUUACUGUGAAACAAAUAUAAAUAACUGCAGUAAAAAUUCUUGUCACAAUGGAGGUACUUGUCGAGACUUGGUUAAUGAUUUCUACUGUGAAUGCAAGAAUGGGUGGAAAGGAAAGACGUGCCACUCCCAAGACAGCCAGUGUGACGAAUCCACCUGCAACAAUGGUGGCACAUGCUAUGACGAGGGAGAUACCUUUAAGUGCAUGUGUUCGGCUGGCUGGGAAGGGACCACUUGUAACAUCGCAAGAAACAGCAGCUGUUUGCCAAAUCCUUGCUUCAACGGUGGAACUUGCAUAGUCCGAGGGGAUUCUUUCACUUGUGUUUGCAAAGAAGGCUGGGAAGGCCCAACGUGCUCUCAGAAUACCAAUGACUGCAGCCCGCAUCCAUGCUAUAAUAGUGGAACCUGUGUAGACGGGGAUAAUUGGUAUCGCUGUGAAUGUGCGCCUGGAUUUGCUGGUCCAGACUGUAGAAUUAAUAUCAAUGAGUGUCAGUCUUCUCCAUGUGCAUUUGGCGCUACGUGCAUAGAUGACAUCAAUGGUUAUCAUUGUAGCUGUCCACCUGGCCGCAGUGGUCCCAAGUGUCAAGAAGUUACAGGAAGGCCUUGUAUAACGAACGGACACGUUAAGCCAGAUGGAGCGAAAUGGGAUGAUAACUGCAACGAGUGUCAAUGUUUGAAUGGAAAAGUUGCCUGCUCUAAGGUGUGGUGCGGCCCGCAGCGCUGUGAAUUACACAGUAAAGGAAAUAAUGAGUGCCCCGCUGGCCAGUCUUGUGUUCCGAUUAAAGACAACCAUUGCUUCAUCCCUCCAUGUACCGGAGCUGGGGAGUGCUGGCCGUCCAAUCGGCCGCCGGUGAAAACCAAAUGUAACGCCAACACCAGUUAUCAGGACAGCAGCUGCGUGAACGUCACCUUUACCUUCAACAAAGAGAUGAUGUUACCGGGACUCACUACUGAGAGCAUUUGCAAUGAACUGAGGAAUCUCAACAUUUUGAAGAAUGCUUCAGCUGAAUAUUCCAUCUACAUUACCUGCGAGCCGUCUCCUUUGGCAAACAAUGAGAUCCACGUUGCUAUAUCUGCUGAUGAAAGCCGAUAUGGCCGAAACAGAGUCCAGGACAUCGCUGAAAAGAUCAUAAACCUGGUUAGUAAAAGAGAUGGAAACAACACUUUCAUCGCCUCAGUGGCAGAGGUUCGAGUGCAAACACAGACCAAAAGCCAGACAGAUAUCCUUGUGCCGCUACUGAGCUCUAUCCUGACAGUGGCAUGGAUUUGUUGCCUGGUCACCGCCUUUUACUGGUGCAUCCGGAAGCGCAGAAAACAGAGCGGCCAGAGCCACACUGCCUCCGAGGACAACACCACAAACAAUGUCAGGGAGCAGCUCAACCAGAUUAAAAACCCUAUCGAAAAACAUGCAGCGAACAGUGUUCCCAUUAAAGACUACGAAAACAAAAAUUCCAAAAUUGCAAAAAUAAGGACACACAACUCAGAAGUUGAAGAAGACGACAUGGAUAAACACCAGCAGAAAAGCAGAUACGUCAAACAGCCGGCUUACACGCUGGUAGACAGGGAUGAAAAACCACCUAAUGGCACGCCCACAAAACAGCCAAACUGGACAAAUAAACAGGACAACAGAGACUUAGAAACGGCACAAAGUUUAAAUCGAAUGGAGUACAUUGUAUAGCAGACAGGGGCGCUGCCAUGCAGAGCUGGUGUCUACUGUUAGGGGCUCCGAGUCUCUAGUUCUUUAAACUGUUGUGUAAUAUUUGAGUCUAAGGCUAUUAUUUACUUAGAAUCCCUAUGUUAAUUUAAGUUUUGACAAGCUGGCUUACACUGGCAAGGAUAGUUGCUGUGGUUGGCUGGAAUACCAAGUGCUGCAUUUCACAUCUAUGCAAAACUAGUGAGAAGUGUCUUAAUGAAAAUUCCGCCGCAGCUGAACGAUGGAAGGAAUGCUUCAGAAGACCCUGCGUUGCCUUUGCCGUUUGCUAGCUCUAUUUUUGUUUUGUUUAUCAACGUUUUCAACAGGUGUCCAUAGUAAUACAGUCUUUAGAAUAAUACAUUUUAUUUAUAUUUAUUAUAUAUAAUUUUUUUAUUUUGUAUAUUGGUUUUUAUAGUGAUGUACAACUAGUUCUGUAUUUGAAAGUGCCUUUGUAGCUCAGUACCACAGCAACUAUCGAAAUUUAAGUUUAUUAUUUAUUUUUUUUAUUGUAUUUUGUGUUGGGGGGAGGCGGCGGGACUGUCAGCUGUUGCUGGUAAAAUGAAGAAUUGUCAAGUAGAAGUUUUGUAUAGAUCUGUAAAUAAUUCUUUCUAUUUUUUUUUUUUUUAAUUAAUCAGUGUAUAUUUGAUUUAUUAACUUAAUAAUCAAGAGCCUUAAAUAUCAUCAUUCCUUUUUAUUUAUACAUACGUGUUUAGAGUUUAAGGUUUUUGAUAGCUUUUUGUAAGCUCGUGGCUUCAGUUUUUUUGAGAUUUUCUUGUUACACGUUUAACUAUAUGCCAAAAUUUAAGGUGUUCUAAAAAUAGUUUUAUUUUUUAAGAAUAGGACAGGCGCACAUGCCUCAAUGCUGUUUUUUGUACAUUGUCAAAUGUUAAACACCUUUUUAUAUAGUAUCACUUUAAAACAAAAAUACAAAAAAACUUUUUUGUACGUUCAUACUGAGACCAUUUUCAGAGUUAGACUUUAGAGAACAAUCUUUGCUGCUUUUGGCUUUGAUAUAAAAAGAAAAGAAAACCUAAGUGGGGGGAAAAAAAAGUGUGACUGGCAGAUAUUCUGCAACAGGGCAGUUCAAGGGAACUUGUACAAGAAAUGUGAGUGCACAUGUAAAAAUUAAAAGAAAAAAAUUAAACUCAAUUGGCGUGUGAAGUUGGAAACUGCAAUCUUGUCUUUGUAAAGUUUUUUUUUUUUUUUUUUUUAAUUUCAUAUUUUUUUUUUUCCAUUUUAGACUUUCUUUUUUAAUACUAUGAAAAUGUACUAAAGAACCACUUGUAGAUAUUUGAUUUGUCUUGUUUGUUUUUUGAUCGACUGAUACUAGGGAGCAAUGGCGGCUCCAAAGGUGGGGCAAAAUUCAAAUUGGGUAGCCACACGAACUCCACCAUCCCCACUACCCCCCCAGACGUUGCCAAACAUCGUCGGCCGGGACUCACUGGCAGUUGGUGUGGCUUCCCUAUUUGAAUUUCAGACUCUGCUGCAGCCUCAUCUCUGGAGCCACCACUGUUAGGGAGUAUUCUAGGCAAAUUAUUGAAUACUUGAACAGUAGGAAUCAAGUUCUCACUGUUGUUUUUCCACACGCAUACACUACCUGUCAUAUAGCCAAGGCACGUGGGUGUUUUUUAAUACUGUGGUUUAAGUAGUUUGACAAAAUGCUGGUUUGCUGACGCUAUAAUAAUCAAUUGACAAAAGUACUUUAAAGGCAAGCUGGCAAUAUUACUUUUCAUUGAUUGGAUUCAAACUUAAGCACUGCAGCAACUGAAUAAAACUCUUGAGAAUGGUGGACUCAUACAUAAUAACCUGGAGUUGCAGCGUCCAGCGCCAUUCUGACGAUUUGGCCCAUAGCUUUAAAGCGGCAAUUUUUAAUUAUUGCAUCUUUGAGACGACUGGAAUCAUACUGGUUCCUGCAAACCGCAGGCUGUUGCAUACAGGCUGAUGUUGGCAUUUUGUCACCACUUUUCAUUAAGAAUAAACUACAGCAAAACUCCUGUGUGUCUUAGGCUUUACCUUUCCAUACAUUGGUAACUGCACUUGCAGAGAGGAGGGAGAUGAUCCCUCAUCUAUAGCAGAUGUUGUUAUGGAUAUCAUUCAUAAUGCUAAACUUGGUUCUCUCAUCCAUGGCCACUGAAGUCCUGAAAAAUCCCUGUAUUGUGAUAUUGGUGUUAUAUAAUCCCUAAAGUGCAUCUUUUAUGUUGUUGGAAGGCAAUACAUUUUGAAAGUAAUAUUUAUUAAAUUUUUUUGUAUGAAAACUUA